AUGACCUGGUCACGUGGAUUGUGGGUGCUGGGGACUGUGGAUUUCACGAGAUUUUGCGGUACUAGUACCAGCAUGAUGCCGGUCGCUCGAGGUUUUUGGUCAGUAUCAGAAUUGUGGGGAGCCGGUAUUGUAGUUUUUAAGCUUCAUGGAAGGGAUUGAUCUGGGGCUAACUGGUCCGAAGCACCGUACUCGAGUGCGAUGGUAAGUUUUAGUUUUUUAAGUAGUUUGAGAGCAAGAUGGUUACCGGUAUGUUAUCGGUGAAUGAUGGAUGGUUGUUGGUGGUGGUGGGUUAUUAUUUUUCUGAAUAUACGGAUUUACCUUCUUGGCGGGGGGUGAACCAGGAACCUCACGACUUUUUGUUUAUAAAACGGGGGUGGGUAAUAAGUAUCGUAGACUAAUAAUAAAACCUUAAAAAAUUCUUAUCAAAA